AGUGAAACGUAUUUCUAAUUCUAUUUUAUGAAGUGUGCUGGGACGGUAAACAUCUAAAAGGAAUCAGAAUAGUGACCACGCCGGGGACAUCAGCCAGAAGUACUACAUUCCGUCAUUUGUGUGCUUCCGCAUCAAUCAUGGGCUAGACGUUUUUGACGCUUUCUUGUUCCGUCGCCUCGGCAGCUGCGCUCGUCGCAUUUUUCUUCCUUGUGCCGUCGAGAUCAUAAGUAUGACGUGCAAGACCAGGAAACGUCGAAAAGUCUUCUUGACCCCGUCCUCUUCGGAAGCUGCUUACGGUAGUACGUCGCUUCUGCCCGCAGCUGCUGGGCCUGGGCCACAUCAUCAAGGGAGAAUUAUGCAACCUCCUCGUCGACGACGUUGUGGCAGCUCGUUAUUUCGGGUGAAGAGCACGACAGCGACCGGCAGACUCUUCACGACUAGCACAAGUGGUUAUUUGUCUUUCGUGGCGCUGCUAUGUGCCGUGUUUCUUCUCUUCUACAACGUCUGUUUUAUUCAUCACGACGAAGAAGCUCACCGGUGGACAAGAACACGGAGAAAUAGCCUCAUCCUGUUCUAUCAAAUGAAAAUAUGUUGUCUGGGUCUGGAAAUUUGUCUUGCUGUUGAUACUCGCAUAGCAGAGUACUUACCCGUUUGUACGGCAGAACAGCAUCAGACAGAAGUUUGGAAAGGCGUAUUGCUGAUUCAUUUGCAAAAGAACGCAUGAUAUUAGGCUUCCAUUCUUUCAGCACGACUGCCCAAGCCCAAUCGUAUUCUGCAUGGCAGCUCUUGGUGUGCCUGAAGUUGAAUUCUUGCACUUUUACAAAAAAUAAGAUCCAGACCCAGACGUAUUUGCAAUGCAUAUCAUCGCCCACGCGGGCGACCCCAUCGUGCGGGACGACGGGCUCACCGUGAGUACCGCACUCUGGCACCGUAUGCAAGAAAAAAACUGUGUAAAGAAGUGUAAGUAUGUAAGUUUGUAUUGCGGACGUAUGUAGUUGUAGUAUUAAAGCAGUCACUACUGGAAGUGCGUCAUGGUGCAUACUAGUUCAUCAAUACGUGUUUUCGCUGAGACUAGCUGCGCCUGACAGGCUUUUUCUGUAAUGCAAAACGAAUUUGUGACGCUGCUCAUCCUACAAGGUUACACCUUACACGACACUUUUUUUCUCCGAUACACCGUGCGCAACUGGGAAACAUCGACUUCGAGGCAAGUUGCAGCUUUAACCCAAACCUGAAGAACGGGUGUUUGCGGGAAAACCGGUUCGAUACCGAGAAACAGGCACUGAUCCGGUUUUUCGUUGUCAUGGACGGCUUUGCCUGGCGGGAGUCGACGAACUGGGAAAUCUAUGCACUUUCGCAAAAGUAUCGCACCUACUACGUAGAAAUUGCAUAUCUAUGGUACUUAUGCACAAAUUGUUUGCACAGCAUCAAAAAUGGAAUUUGAUGUAGUCUUGCAGAUCUUUUUACCUUGUUUCGCAAUCGCAAUGCUAUUACCUUUAUUUCGGUGCGACUGCGAAUAAACUUUUGCAAUGCACAAGAUCACGUACCGCGAGGAGUUAUGAAAUGCAAAAGCAUCGUAUUCGUAUAAAUGCAUUACAAAUUUUCUCAGCAUGAGAAAUAGAAUCUGUAAUGCUGAUUUGCCUUGACAAAGAAAUUUGUAGUGCAAGAGCAGCAUUUAUACGAGUACGAUACUUUUGCACAGGAUAGGAGUGCGACUUCACCAAUACCUGCGUGGACAUCUACGAGACGGAUCCGAAGAAUUCACUAUCAAGUGCAAAAUUGUCUGGGUCUGGAAGGUGGUAACCUGUGAUGCUGUCUUUGGAUUCCAAAAAAAUCUGUAUUGCAUGACUAGCAGAAGGAGUCCAGUUUGUGCUACACGGGGAGGGCGUUUCUCAUGCGGAAUAAGCAUCAGGAAGCCUUCUAAAAAUAUGGGAUGCUAGGGCAUGCAUUACAGGCGUCACUGGUCAUGCAGAAUAUGCAUAUAUAACAAACCUGGCAAUCUUCCAGGCCCAGACAUAUUUGCAUUUGAUAUUCACCGUGUUGGGACCAUUGGUACGGCAUCACCUGCAACGAGGAGGGGUAUCAGAGUGCACAAUUCAUCAUCCCUGUGCCAUGUCCUCCUCAUUUGUCAUGCAAAAUGUACAGUACUAACAGUAACACUAAGUGCAUGUGCAGCUGCCUGUCCACCACCCUUUUGGUCUUGAUUGAUUGACAGCUAAAUGUUCACCCGGUUGUUCCGGAAGCUAGGGCUAGUACAAAACAUGUAUAGAAGUCAGAUACAACAUUUUGAUUCUGUGUGUGUAGUUAGCAUGCAGAUGUCACAUUUUAUUCGUUUUCGCUUCGUGUGUUGCUGCAAAUGCGCGCCGUCAAUCAGGGGGACGACGACCGAGGUUUGAUGUCCACUCUCAUAAGGGGCGUGUGAUCGAGAUCAACCUCGUCGACAAUCGUCUGAACGGCACGUUCAUGAACCCAGAUUUCCCGGACGACGCCCAGCUUCUAAACGAAUUCCCCGCCUAUCCGAGAAAAAAACGUUGUUCGUGUAAAUUUGUGAUGCGCAACAUGCAAGAUGAUUGCGUCUGUCAUGCUGGGCAUGCAUCGUGGGGUCCAUUCAAGGGCGUGCUCACGUAGAAUCUGCGCAUGGCAGGCUUCUGUUGUCAUAUGUAGUGAGGUCACCGAACGGUUCUAACCAGGGAGUUUUUUUGACAGCUACCCUGAAAAACGACCGGCAGUUUUCAAGCGGCCGGAGGCGUUUUUUGACAUAAAAAAUUUUUAAUUAUCAAGCGGACGGGGCUUUGCCGUCAAACAAGCCCGGUCGAAAACUAUCGAUUCGCACUUGAUAAAACGACGCAGGGGAGCCGGCAAAAGGGCCCUUCUGAGGCGCCCGCCGCCUUGGUUUCUGGCGAUUUGGGGCGCCCAAAAAGGGGCGCGCAAAAAACGCGCCCAAAAUCAGAACAGCGAGACAGCAUGGCACGGCCGCGAUUUCGGAGCAUUUUGGGCGGCCGCGAAAGCGGCCGCCUUUUCGCCGGUUUCAGAGCCUGGGAAGCUUUGCAAAAGGCGCCGGCGUGAAAAAUAAAAACGCGACAAAGAAAAAGCGCUCCAGACGCGCAAAGCCAAUCCGCAUGCUAUGGGCCCGAUUUUCCUUCGCUUUUUGGGCGCCCCCCGUGGCACCCGGAUCGGCCCCAUAGCAUGGGGGCUGGCCUUCGGGAAGGAACUUCGGGAAUUUGCCAAAAUUUGCGAUGUUUAUCAAGCGGCCGCCAUACCGUGCGGCCUAACGUUACUCACGGCGGUAUGGCGAGCCCAGAAAAAGCAAAGCCGCGGCCAAGGCGAUGGCCGGCAAGAAAACGCCCAACGACCUCACUACCUCCGCCCCGGCGGCUAUAUUUGGUAACAGAGAUAUUUGCAAUGCUGAUCCUUCAAGAAUGUUACACCUACAAUCUUUUUUUCUUGGAUACCGCCCUGCGGAGGAUCAAUUUCGCCACGACAAGGGCACGGUACCACAACAUACCCAACCCGUACGCAAACAAUGUGACCGGGGCGUGGCUAUCCAAGGUAAAUUCUACGAUACCAGGUCGUCAUCUGGGUCCGAAGACAUGCAACGCUUUGUAAAGUUGUAGUUCCUUCAUAACGGGCAGCGCUUGCUUGUAUACGACAAACCAUGUACGCAAAACACGAUCCCCUUCGAGCAGUAAGCAGUUUUUUGCUCCUGCAUUCGAACUGUGCAGGUUUGUUUCAUAUCUGCAUCUCUAUGAAACUGAUCCAGACCCGACUCAGGCAACAUGUAGUUUGCCAUGCAUAAUUUCCCGGUAUGGAGAAGUGUAAGAACCUGACGGCGGUGGAAAUCAGCGGCAACAAGAUCACAGACCUGCCUAAUUUGUGGAGGAACGGGGACACGCUGCGAACGCUGGCCGCGUCGAGGAAUAGAAUAAAGUGCUUCAUAGUUUAUUUUCGAUUUUAUUUUAUUUUGUCAACCUGCGUGAUUUUUCGUGAAUACUUGAUAAUUAUAGCUUUAGCUCCACCUAUUCCUAUUAUAGCUGUGAGGAGAUGAAGAGAGUAGAAGUCCUCAGAUGAACCACUACUCUUUUUUAUUCAACAGCCGUUUCCCGCCGAACCUGAUCGCGUUCACGAUGCUCGAGACCCUGGACCUCGCCCACAACCUGAUGGCCCAGCCCUUCCCCAAGACCUUCGGGAAGAACAUGGUGCGCGCGCGGUCGGUAUGCCUUGCAACUAUGUCAUCUAGGUCUGGAAAGGAGGAACUUCUGAUGCUUGUCUUGCAUGAGUGCCAAAUCUGUGUUGCAUGAGCAGCAAAACAAGUUGUGCUUUUUUUGUCAUGCAAAGACGCGCUUUGUGUUUGUAAUGCGCACAACGCAUGAGAAGACGCUUGGAAAAUCAAAAUUAAGAUUUGUCAUGGUCCACUGCACUGAAAGGCGCACAGAAUUAUGAUCAUGCAGCAUCACAAGUUUCCAGACAUCAAGGGAGAUUUGCACUUGAUAGUUGGUGCGACUGGACAACAACGGGAUCACCGGCGACAUCGCGGAGGCCCUGGACAUGGCCGACAUGAGGAAGAUUCUCGUCUUCACCGUAGCACACAUAUCCCACAGAAAAAGACUGGCAGGGCAUCUUUGUAAAAAUGCAAAAAAUGAAUAUACAAAAAAAUCUGUCAACAUGGGCGAGCCCAUAGCAUGCUGCUUAGGCUAUGAAGUACUUACAGACUUUUUUGGUAGUUCAUUUUUGCACUACCUGCCUAUCAUUUUCUGUGGGAUAACACAACCCGGGGCUGACUGGGGUCUUUCCGAAGGACAUCGUGGAUAACUUCUGGACGGAAAACGAAUUCCUGGCCAUCCUGAACACCUUAUGGAAAAAUAUACACAACUAGGUACUUCUAUGUUCUAUGCCCCCCGGCCGGCGCCCUAGGUUUUUGAUACUGCGCCACUUUAAGGAGGUUUGUGUUUCUUGUAUUGAUGAAUUUGUGCUGUGCAUAGCCUGGUUUUAACUCCACAACCAAAUAAGUACACAUGCAGUGGAUGGUUCUCAACGGACCUUGGGUUGCGAACAAUGCGACUGUAGUUAAUUGAGAUUCGUCUCUACUUGGAUCGUGGUGUGCCUUCAUUUCGUGCCAGAGCACUAGAAAUCCUGUGCAUAGAAGCACUAGUUUCCGGUUGCAUACCUCACGAUGUACGGAACUAUCGCCGGUCUGUGUCUCGACGUGCCUUACUGCAUGCUAUCAACAGCAAAAAUGUCUGGGUCUGGAAGAGUCGGGACCUGUCAUGUACAUUUUGCAUGACCCGUGAGGUCUUUGAUGCUGGUGCUAGCAUCACAGAUUUUUUGAGAGCUUCUUGAUGCUAAUUACGCAUGAGAAAUGCCCUCUCCGCGUGCCAAGAACUGACUCGUCUUGCUGCUCAUGCAACACAGAAACACAGAUACUUUUAGAAUCCGCAGACAGCAUUACUCUUCCAGACCCAGACAUUUUUGCAAUCCAUACAUGCGCUACAUGUAUAACACCGACCCGGCGCAGGGCGGGCACGGCGAUCAGACGUGGGUCAACGGCAUGGAUCCGGUCAUCCAAGAGGUGCUCGAAUUAGCGAUGACCGGGGGCUAUCCAAUGCAACAAAUAUGUCUGGAUCUGCAAUGCUGAAGUUUGGAUGAGUGCUUUGACUCUUUCAAGUGCACGACCAAAGGAAGGAUGAUAAGUUUGUUCCACCUUGACUCAUGCAUCGCAAGCAUCACGAAAAACUAUCUUUUGGCACGACAGAGAAGAUGAAAGCACGUAGCGCUUUUCAAUGAUGCAGGUCAUGCAACAAAGAUUCAAGAUUCUUGGAAGAAUGGAAGACACGCAACACAAGUGUGACUCUUCCGGGCCUAGACAUAUUUGCAAGCCAUAGGGGUACCACGACCACCACCACUACCACCUUCGACUUCUCCGCGCUGCCGCUUAGGUAG